AUGAAGUACCGAGAGGUGCUGGUACUGGCCUUGUUGUGUCUUUGGGUGGUUUCCGCUUUGCCGGUUGUUCCUUCGGGUGCAAGUGGUCCUAACCCUGACCCCGAAGCAAGUGGAGAUACAAAUGCCGACGAAAAUCCUCAAGAGAGUGAUACCGUCGUCCCUGCGAAAUCCGACUUGAACGACAACCUGGCACCAGAGAAUCAACCUGCGAAUGAACACGUACCUGUGGAACCUCAACCCGCACCUGGGGAAUUUCAAUCUACACCUGCGGAACCUCAACCUGUAGGAAACGACGUGGCCAAGUCAAAAAAUUCUGAAGCUCCUGCGCAAGUUGAAAAGCCUUUAGAUCCAAAACCCGUGGAAAGCCCGAAAAGCUCUGAAGCUAUUCCUGUACUUCCGGUUGAAACGACGCCGCAACCAGAAUCAGAGACUCUCCCGAAAAACGGGGAAAAAAUAAAAGCUUCCGAAAUUGUGGCUACGCAGGCUGAUGUAUCAAAUCGAGCAGGUGAUGUUCCGCAGGAAACGGUAACGAGAAACCCGCAAUUGACGGCAGAACGACUUAUAAGCAACGACUCGUCAGGGAAUAGUGAGCAAGAUUAUCACCGAACGACACAACUCGACGAAACGAAUCAACGAUUAGUACGCCGGGCCGAAAGUUUGAGUAAACUCUUGAGAAAACUCGCCGAAAGUGCUGAUACGUUAUAUGACGAUCUUGCCGUAAAAAGCGCGUCUGAAGAGGAAGACGCGGAUGACGAUGAUUCCUACUCUGAUUAUCCCGAUUAUCCCGAUUAUCCCGAUUAUCUAGAUCGUUCAUCCGAAGGCUACAUUGAUGACUAUAUCGAAUAA